AUGGUUCUCCAUCACAACGCAAAAUACUUUCUAGACUUCAUUGAAUUUGUGAUCGAUGGAGAGCUAUUCAGAAUUCCCAGCGUGGCGCAUUUCUCUUCGGAUUCGCUUGUCCUGGGGCCACGCAUACGGGCUGGGGAGAAGCCGAUAGACCUCACCGGAUCAGUCUCUGUCAACGAAUUCGAGCAGUUCUUAGAAAUUAUACUACCCUUACAAAUUACAUCCUGGUUGGAACACUCGAUCGCACAAUGGUGCUUGUUAUUGAAGCUUGCCAAUGCUUGGCAGAUCGAACCCCUCCGAAAGAUCGCUAUCCAGAAGAUGGGAUGGGGCGACACCAUCUCGCGCAUUGAAAAGGGACACCAGUACCUCGUAGCCGAAUGGGUUGAACAAGGUUACGUGUGGUUGGUCCAACGAUUCGCACCUUUAACUGUAGCGGAAUCGGAACGCCUCGGCUGGCCUGUUGCUUUGAAGAUCUGUCACCUCCGCGAGGAGAGGGCCAAGGGGAAGUGGAAUCAUCCUGAUUUGGCUGGCCGAAUCAACGCUGCGUUCGCGGAUGAGUUCAAAAAGACACGUGAUGCAUGCGCCUGGCUCUCGAAACCCAAGGCAAUCACCCUGGGGCCAGCUCCAAUAGCUAAUGCUCAACCACUUAAACCCGUCGAUAGCAACGGUGCCGUGAAGGACCUUCCAGAAGUAUCAGCAUCAGCCUCGCCGGGAUCAAAGGCUCCGCUAGCAGCCUGUCCGCCCACGACACCUCAGAUAUUCUCGUUCAAAUCACCGGUUCCGCUCGUGAAAUCUGAUACACCAUUUAGCUUCGAGCGUCCGCCUGCUCAAGCAGCCUUCGUUUUCGGACCUUCGAAUGGAGACAAAGCUCAACCUACGGGAGCAUCGGCGCUUCCUUCACCUGAUACACCAGCGGGCCCUAUAUCCCCCGCACCUCAGACAUCAUUACCAUUUCCGCUUGUCAAAACAAAUGCGCCCCCAGGCUCUGAGCGUCCCUCCUCCGGGGCUCCUGUCGUUUUCGGACCAGUUGAGUCCAAGGGUUCGAAUGCGAAACCCGAACUACCCAAAGUCUUGAAAUCCGCCAGUCAGGUCAAUUCCCCGAAAUCAUCAACCCCGCAGUCACCUAAAUCCCUAGAUGACUCCAAGCGUUCACCUACCCAGGGCAUCUUCGGGCCAGCCUCUGAACGCUUAAAAGUCCAGGAGGAAAUCUUGGGCCCAGUUCCAAUCGUAGAACACGAUCCUCCAUUCGACUCUAAACGUUCGUGUGCCCAGCCAACGUUCUUCUUCGAGCCGUCUGGCUCGAACCCUCAGGAAGACAUCAUGGGAGCGGUUCCAGAUGUCCGCGUCAAACCUGAUGCACUGGCAGCUGAUCCUAAGCGUUUAGAUGCUCAAACAACGAGUCUCACUGGAGGAGCACCAAAACCACCGAAACCUAUCAAAGUCAAUGGUCGUACAGUGAAGGUCAACCUCCCUAAGGCAUCAGCCGCCACACCCGAUCCGCCGUCUGACUCUGAGCCAGAGUCGUCCUCGGCAGUUCGAUCACCUGAUUCUGCAAGCGAGGGUAGAGAUGAUAUUGAAGCCCACCGUAUAUUAUCCACAUUCACUCCUGUAAAAUGA